AAUUAAUAUAAUUUAAUUAUGAGCACAAAAAAGACCUAGAAGGUUAUAGGCAAAACUUAGAAGAUUGUUGAGAAAUAAAGUUAAGAAUCUUCAAAUAAAGAAUAAAAAAUAAAAAGUAAAGUCAACAGAUUAGAAUAAUAACCACAAGAAAGACAAAAUGGAAUUAUUUAUGUUGGGCAUUUACCUUAUGGGUUUGUUGAAGAUGGAUUGAAGGAAUACUUUACUUAAUUUGGUGACGUACUUGGAGUCAAAAUAUUUAGAAGCAAAAAAGUAAUCCAUAAAUUUACAUUUUCAGACCAAUAGAGUCUAAGGCUAUGGCUUCGUAAAAUUCGCUGAUAAGGAAGUAGCACCUAUUGCAGCAUAGGCUAUGAAUGGUUAUUUAAUGAAUGGAAAAAAGUUAGUUGUCAAUGUCUUAAGUGACUAACAUCCUGAUCCUUUCAAAUAUAAACAUGGAAAUUAAAAAUUGCAUUUUAUUAAUUGGUCCGAAAAAGCGGUUGAAGAAUCAAACAAAGUAUUAAUAUAGUACUAGGUAGGAAAAAUCAAAUGAAUAAAUUGUUAAGGAAGUAGAAAGGUUAUUAUCAAAUGAAGAAGAGAAGAGAUAAAAACUAAAAGAAUUAGGAAUCAAUUACACUUACUAAGGAUUUGUAUUUAUUCAACUUUACUAUUAUUUUAGAAAGAAUUGCUUAAAGCCUGAAUUGACCGAUUUGAUAAUAAUUAUUCUAUAAAUUAAUAUUAUUGAAUUUAAUUAAAU